CCACUUCUUCAACCUGUCGGCAUUAUGGAAUUUCAAGCGAAAUUGCCUUCGUUUCCCUUGUCGUAUGUCAAAAGUCGAUCAUUGAUAGAGAACAGUCUUUCUUCUCGUCCAUCAAUCCGCCACAGCUCACCAUGCCUUCUCAAAAGACUUUUAUCGUCAAGCAAAAGCUUGCCAAGAAGGCCAGGCAAAACCGUCCACUUCCUCAGUGGUUCCGUCUGAAGACUGACAAUAAGAUCCAAUACAACGCCAAACGCCGUCAUUGGCGUCGAACCAAGCUCAACCUUUAAGAGAUGGUUUCCCUGUGCGACCUAGCAAUCUAUCAUGUGUGAUAAUUAUUGGCUUGCAUGGCAGAUCGAUAUGCAUCCGUGUAGAUGAUCGGAUGUACAAAAAAGGGAGAUUCGUGCAGGCAUUUUUUAUUUCGGUUUGAUUCGGAAAGCUCGUAAAGGAAUUACGCACAUGGGAUGCUCUCUGUUCUGAUACUCAUGUCUUACAUGGUUCGCUGCAUGUCAUUUGUCGAUAUGUAUCUGGUAAUCCAGUGCAUUUAUUGCUGACUUCCAGUCUCUACUGAUUUUCCACAGCUUAAACGUAUCGCUAACCACGGUGUGCUAUUUUAUCUUAGCAUGUCAUCCGCCAAGCAUAUGAAGUGUCCCUUCACGCCAUUGUGACGAUAGACUACCAGACACGUCGACACUGCUUUUCAGAAGACUCAUUGAUCGCCGUGUAUCUUGUUCUACUUCAGGGCCAUGUAAGACCCGCUAACGGCUGAUGUGUAGUGAGUAACCAUGAUACUGUCUCUAAUAUCUAAGUGUGCUCGGCGUGUACCAACACAACUGGUUUUUGUGAACCAGAUUUGAGGUGGUCACGGGCGAUUGGUUUCCUACUAUAGGGUAUGAAGAAGGAACGCAUCGUCCUGCAGGUCUUUAUCUUCGUCGAGGUAAAUUUGUGGUCGUCUGAAGAACAAUACAGUAGUGUUAGGAAGCAAUAGGAUGGUUAUGACGAUGAA